AUGGCUCCCCCACACACCACCCCCCUCCUCGUGCUGACGAAGGAGCGCAUCGACACGCUGGUGGCCCAGCACAAGCAGGUGCUGGGGCGCGGCGCCUCGUGCACGGUGUACCUGGUGGAGGUCGGCGGCGCCCAGUGCUGCCUCAAGGUGGCAAGGGAGCAGCGCCUCGCAGCCAUGUUCCGCAGGGAGUUUGACAUCCUGCUGGACCUGGACGGCGCAGCGGGCGCCCCCAAGGCCUUGGGCACCAGCUUUGGGUUCCCCGCCAUGCUCACCACCUUCUGCGGCCAGAACACCUUCUGCGACCUGCACAACCUCGCUCAAAGCGACACAGACAGACUGGCGGCCUUCGUGGCGCUGGCCCGGGACGUGCAGCAGCUCCACGCCUGCGGCUACACCCACAACGACAUCAAGCCCGACAACGUCGUGGUGCGCCAAGACGCCAAAGGCCGCCUGCAGGUGUCCCUCAUCGACUACGGCUUGGCCAAGAGAUUCGGCACAGGACUCCGCAUCGCGCGCACGCACACGCACCGCACGCCCUGGAUGGCCCCGGAGCUGCUCCGCGGCGCGCCCUGCUCGCCCCCCGUGGACGUGUUCUCCCUCGGCUACGUCCUGAGGCGCGUCCUGGCCACGUGCCACACGCAAUACCCCGGCCUGGAGGUGCUGGCCGACAGAGCCAUGAGAGCCAACCCUGCACAGCGGCCCUCGGCGGCCCGCAUCAUCAAGACAGUCAAGGAGUACACGGGACAGACGUCCAGGAAGGCGGCCUUUGUCCGCCGUGUUCGCAAGGCCUUCUCCUGCCUCUUCCCGCGCCGCCGCCAUUACUAA